CAGCGACAGCUGUUGAUUGAGGUGUUGCAGUAUAGCACUUUUACUAUUUUUACCUGUCAAAAGUGAUUUAUUAUUUGCCGGUUUAUUUACAUAUGAAGAUAUAUAAACCUUGUAGUUCUCUUUCCGAUAUUUGAAUGCGAUGAAAAAACACAAAAGGAAGAAACAAAACGGAGGAGUCGGGGUUAAUGAGAAAGGAUUUCACACAAGAGAACCAGACUGUGGGAAGAAACAGAAGUUGGCAAACAUCCAUCAGGCUCUGAUCAGCGAUCCAGUGGACAUUGAGACCCUGAGGAGAGCUGCAGGCACUAAAGGAGGACUCCUCACUGAUGAAUUGAGGAGAAAAGUGUGGCCCAAAUUACUAAAUAUAAAUGUGUAUGACCUGCCACACAAACCUGGUCGAGAUGCACGAGAGAACCACAAGGACUACAACCAAGUGGUCCUGGAUGUUAGAAGAUCCAUGAAGCGCUUCCCUAAAAGUAUGCCAGCGGCAGAGAGAGCGGUGCUGCAGGAGCAGCUGAUCGACAUCAUACUGGAGGUAUUGAAACGUAACCCUCAGCUUCACUACUACCAGGGCUACCACGACGUGGCCGUGACUCUGCUGCUGGUGGUCGGGGAGCGCAUGGCCAUCGGCAUGCUGGACACGCUGUCCAACUAUCACCUCAGGGAUUUCAUGGAUCCUACCAUGGACAGUACCAAACACAUUUUAAACUACCUGAUGCCAAUAUUGGAACAGGUUGAUACGGAACUACACGACUUCAUGAUCAGAGCGGAGGUUGGAACCAUCUUUGCACUUUCCUGGCUCAUCACAUGGUACGGCCACGUCCUGUCAGAGUUCAAACACACUCUGAGACUUUACGACUUCUUCUUGGCUUCCCACCCGCUGAUGCCCAUCUACCUCGCUGCUACGAUUGUGUUGUACAGAGAGAAGGAGGUGAAGCAGACGGAGUGCGACAUGGCCAUGGUGCACCAUCUCCUCUCUAAAAUCCCUCAGGACCUCCCGUAUGAAGUUCUGAUUGAGCAGGCGCAGGAGCUGUUCGGCCAGUUCCCUCCAUCAUUACUGGCUAAACGGGCAGCGCUGCAGUCCCGCAAGAGUCUCUCCAUCAGCACCUUCCAGGCGUUCCAGCUCUCCACCUUCCACCAGAGGCCAGACACCGUUCUCCAACGCCUCACCAGGGCUCAGGGCUCCACCACCUCCAGACACGACGCUCAGCACGGGGGCCUGGAAGCAGCCGUGAGUGAGGGCCAGGGCCAGAUGUGGGGGAGGGGGAACCGGAUGGUAAAAAUGGCGGUGUGGGGGCUUUCUGCCACGCUCGGGGCCGCCGUGUUCGCCGUGGCUCAGACCGCCAUGGACUGGGGGCCCGACGUCUUACUGCAGCUGUUCUGACGCGGCGGAGGGGAAACCAACUGUUUGACACUCGCACACGAUCAAACAAGAUGUCAGCGUACAGUCAUUCCAUGUCACGGUGAAUCAACUGGCACACCCACGUCUACACAAAACUACACUUUAGAGACUUGAAGAUCAUCUCGCCUGCAGACAUGAUGAUAAAAAAGCUAGAAGGAUCCCGGUGCCAAACGAUUUGUUUCUACCAAAUAUGUCUCAUAAUUUGUGUGCACGGGUAUGAGCAUAUGUAUGUUUAUAAAUGAGUGGCCGAAGCCGUCCUCAAAGAGUCUCAGAAGCCUAUGGGGUCAUUUAAUAGUACUCGUUUUCAUAAAAUCCACAGAAAGAGGACAAUAUUAGGUUUUUAAAGAAACCAACAAAUAAAAAUAGGCCACAAGAUGACACAAAAUUAACACAGAGGUUUAGAAAGAGACCAAAAAUGGAAGAAAGACUAAUCUUUGUGUCUUGCUCCUGUGCUGUGGGAAUCUAUGCAAACACAUCUCGCUUUGUCAGGCUGUUGCUUGAAAUGCUCCUUUCGUCGUACGGUUUUACGUGUUUUCUGUUUCUGGUUGGCUGAUUAUUUUCCUGAUAAGAUUUUUAUUUAUUAAUUUUUUAUUUUUUUUUGACUGUCAUGCUUGUUUUCAUGCAUUUCAGUUUAAAGGAGUUUCAGUGUGUUUGUUGGAUCAGCAGUCAUAUCUAAAAGCCAAAAGUGCCUGCAGCCAGCAUGAUGACACAAGAAUACAAAUUAUUAAAGAGUGGUGUUUUCUGCUGAAAGCUUUUCGUUAUGAGUGAAGGAGAGCGGGGGAGAGAAACGGGGGAGUGAUAGAAGCAGAAAUCUUUGCCUGUGAGCCUUGUAUUAAUUGCUUCACUUCAGGUGUCAGCAGAUCACAUUUAGACUUUAGCUCGACACACAAAACCAACACUUACUGGCCCAAAAUGUGAUUAUUGCACACAGUUGGCAUGCAGCAUCCACUUCAAGCAGAAAAGCUGAUGGGGUUACAUUGUGCUGGAGAUAUUGAAAGACAUUUGGAUUUGGUAGUUUUUUUUUAUUUUUUUUGAAUAAACAUACAUGUAUAUGUAUUUUCUGCAGCAGUUUUUAGCCUUCGUGGCCUCCCACUGCUGAAUGAAUUUUGGGAAGACACCAGUACUUGUAGGUUCUUAAAAUAUUUAGUAGGUUUGGGCCGACAUCCACCCUGAACUUCCAUCAACAGAACUCCAGCACCUGGACUCCUCAACAUCAUGUUUUAGCCUUUUACACUUUUGAGGGUUAAACAGUUUUUUUUGUUUUGUUUUAAAGUCAUCAUUAACGAAAUAAUAUACAUUUUGUAUUUUAUAAAAGAAGAAAAUGUUUUCUCCCCCAACUGACUUCAAUUAAAUUCAACCUUACUGUUGGUAAAACAGUAAUAACUAAACGUAAUCAGAACUUUGUAACUUACAAAGUGAAAUAUUAAUAAUAGAACCUGUUCCAACGUGAGCUCCACCCAGAUACAGAGGGUGUUUUCUAAACAGCAAUGCAUGCUCAGGGUGUAGAUCUAUACUCUGAAAUAUUUAUCAGGCUUCUCUAGCACGGAGCUAAGCUGCUGCUGCUGCUGCUGCUGUUAACACAGGAAUCACACAGGAAUCACAUGGCUCUCCCGCUGCUCAUCAGGUAGACACGUGUUUACGCAGGUCAUUGGGCAGUCUGCCCUGUUGAUUUCUAAAGCUUUGCAGCUCAUCAAAAUAGUGUGCAAAAUAGAAAAAAAUACAAACGGACAGUUAAGGAUGCAUUUUUAACCUGAGGGUCUCAUAUCUGCCUCAAGUUGCCAACCUUUUCAUUCAUGGUUUCUUUAUUUAAUAUCAGUAACUCAGUUGAUGGUUACCUGCUGCCUGACUGAAGGAUUUCUGCAAGCAUGUUCUGAAGUAAAUCGUUUGAAUGUGUGUUUCUGUGAGACAGGAAAAAUGCACCUUGUAGUGAUUGGCCAGUUUAUUUAUUUUAAAUUUUUUUGACAAAAUGUUUUGCUUAUUUAAUAUUUAAGUGCUCCUGUUGUCUCUAUUAGUAUUAUUAUUCUUUUAGUGGACACAAUCAAUUGGCUGUUUAUUCAUAUAUUCUAUUAUAUAAUUAUGCUAUGAAUGUCUUUUUAAAAUGUGUAACGCUGAUUUUUGUUGUGCAAUAAGCAGCAACCUCAAGGUUUAUUUUUGGGAUGCAUUUUGAUAUCAGUGCAUCAUCGGUGUCUGAUCAAGGCUUUAAAAUGAAAUUUUGAAUAUUUGCAAAAAUCCUGUGCUGUACUGUUAAGCUUUAAUUAAACUUUACAUGAAUUAAAUAUGCUUUACAUUUAGACGUGUGUACUUCCCUUUUUUAUGCAGAAUAAUCUGUUGUUUUGGCUUGUUAUAUCUAUAGGCCAUGUUUAUUUUAAUCAGUGUCGUCUGGAUAUAUUAGAAAGCAUUAUCUGCUCUUGG